CUGCGCGGAGGCGCGGCCUGCCUCCCUCGCACAGCCUGCAGCGCUCCCGGGCUGGACAGACCCGCGGGGAACCAGGGCAGCGGCCUCGCGGUGCCGCGGCGCUCGCUUCCUGAGUGUUACUGAUUGUUUUUGAAGAAACAUGAAGUCACAAUCUGUUGUUAUGCUUACUCUAGCCAUCCUGGUGUUCCUGACAUGGGUCCCUGUUUCAUUGAGUUGUAACAAAGCACUCUGUGCUAGUGAUGUGAGCAAAUGCCUCAUUCAGGAGCUCUGCCAGUGCCGACCUGGAGAAGGAAAUUGUUCCUGCUGCAAGGAGUGUAUGCUGUGUCUUGGGACUCUCUGGGAUGAGUGCUGUGAUUGUGUUGGCAUGUGUAAUCCUCGAAAUUAUAGUGACACACCUCCAACUUCAAAGAGCACAGUGGAGGAGCUUCAUGAGCCCAUCCCUUCUCUCUUCCGGGCUCUCACAGAAGGAGACACACAGUUGAACUGGAACAUCGUUUCCUUCCCUGUCGCAGAAGAACUUUCCCAUCAUGAGAAUCUGGUUUCAUUUUUAGAGACUGUGAACCAGCCACACCACCAAAAUGUGUCUGUUCCCAGCAAUAACGUUCAUGCACCUUAUUCCAAUGACAAAGAACACAUGUGUACUGUGGUUUAUUUUGAUGACUGCAUGUCCAUACAUCAGUGUAAAAUAUCCUGUGAGUCCAUGGGAGCAUCUAAAUAUCGCUGGUUCCAUAAUGCCUGCUGCGAGUGUAUUGGUCCAGAAUGUAUUGACUAUGGUAGUAAAACUGUCAAAUGUAUGAACUGCAUGUUUUAAAGGAGGAGAAGAAGUGCAAACCAAAGCAAUUCAGUCAUAAAUAAAGGUUUAUAUCUGGAUCAAAUGUUCCUAUUGAAGAAAUACAGUCAUACAGGAGGAAGUUAAGAUUAUGAUACAAACAAACAAAAAACCUCCGCCCAAGAUGAUGAUUAACUUCAAAUACACUACAGCAUCUGUUCACCCCAUUGAUCGCCAGGGUUGAUUUGGCUGAUCUGGCUGGCUAGGCAAGUAUCCCCUUCCUCCCUCACUGCUCCAAGUGCGUCCCUCCCGAAGCUGCGCGGGAGCUAUGUAGGUCAAAGAGGACAACCUUUCCCGACAGAGGAGAGGACCAUUCUUUGAUCAAGGGUAUAGAGUAGCCGCGCUCCCCUGCUAGAACCUCCAAACAAGCUCUCAAAUACACUACAGAAUAUCUUGUCAGCUUUAUAUAUACUGUUUCAAUAAAGAUAAGCUUAAGUACUA